AUGCUGACAUUCCUGAUCUUUCUCUCAAUUUUCGGCCUCAUCUCGGCUACAUCACAAUCAGUGGCCGCUACUGGGACUGUACUCUGUAACGGAAAACCAGUGAGCGAUCUUCGUGUGAAGCUCUAUGACAAGGAUGCCUGGACCACCGAUGAUAAGCUGGCCGAAGUGAAAACCGAUAACAAUGGCCAAUUCAAAAUCUCGGGCACCGGCCAAUCGGACCGAAAAAUGAUGUCAAAGUUUAACAUCUAUCAUCGCUGCGGCAUGGGGAUGAAAAUCUGCUGGUACAAAAACUCAUUUGACAUCCCGUCCACAUAUGUCGUAAAUGGGGGCUCAAAUGGAAAAGUCUAUGACGCUGGGCGCAUCGAAUUGUCGCAGUUGACGAAAGAUCGCGAUUGCUUUAAC